AUGGUCAAGUUCGUUCUGUUGUUGAAUAUUAUCUGCAUUAUAGAAAUUGUGACAGGAGGUAUUCCACCAGAAGAUGAUACUGAGGAAAAUCUUCUAACAAUUGUGCCUUGUGUGAAGCGCUUAUGUGAGAAGUACUUCAGAUCAGAGCGGAAAAUGAAGGGAUCACUAGCGAUAAUCAACAUCAAACCGGACACGUCUAGCUUCCAGCUGAACAUCUUAAAGUCAUUUAACCACGAUCCUCGCCACGAAAUGGGCGUAAUGGUCAAAGACGGCCGCAAGAAGCACUUCAAUGCUUCUCACGUCACGGAAAAGGCCAAGAACUAUCUGCUUCUGGUCAGUGAUUCUUCGGAGCUGGACGCACCGAUAGAUCAGUUGAGGCAUCUACCUACCUGGAAUCCGUUGGCCCAAGUUGUCGUACUUUUUACGUCGGAAAUGACAGCUGCCGUAUUCGAGGUCGAAGUUCGCAACGCUCUGCAGAAGUUGUUCGAUCAAGCGGUCCUCAGUGUUAAUGUUAUGGUGCAACGAUACAACACCAGCGUAUUGGAGGUGUGGACCUGGUUUCCGUACGAGAACGGGGGAUGUGCUGAUUCCAUCAAUACCAUUCGCAUGAUUGAUGAAUGUGAAUUUGCAGAAAUCUUAAUUGAGACACUGAACGGGGAUAAGGAGCCGACCUUUCCCAAUUUCGAAGACCUUUUCGACAACGAGACAAUGUCCGGAAACAGUUCAAUAGAAUUCGUUAUCGAUACCGAAGAGGAUGAAAGCACCCUAACGGAUAAUGACGCACCGGAAUCGGUUUGGGUCUUCCGGGAGCAACAUUAUUUCACCGAACUUUUCCCCAAAAUUCCGAAAGAUUACAACUGGUGUCCGCUCAAGAUUACCACCGCCAUUUGGGAACCGUUUGUGGUGGGUAACGAAACUCAUAUCGAGAAGGGGUUGGAAGUGUUGAUGGUCGAUGCAAUCACCAAGCGCAUGCAGCUUACGCCAGUUUAUCUGAUUAUGGACCCACGAAAGGCUUCGGCUAAGAUAACGGCUGAUAAUUCAACUGGCUUUUAUGCCAACUUGAUACAAAGAAGCACCGAUGUCAUGAUCGGUGGUCUGUACGAAAACCCGAUCGGACGUAAGCUUCUGUCGUCGUCGAUACCGUACUAUCAGGACGAUCUGACCUGGUGUGUUCCGUCGGCUCGGUUGGCACCCAAGUGGAUGAAUGUGUUCAUCAUCUUUAGCAUCUGGAUAUGGUUGGUGACGGUAGUCAUCAUAAUCGUGACGGCCGUCAUCCUGUACGCGAUGAACCGGAUCGGAAGCGAUUAUCGGGACCACCAAAAUUUUUCCUGGAUGUUGCUGCAAUCUCUGGCUUUAUCUCUGAGUAUCUACGCUCAUUGGUGGCCAACGAGAUUGACUGUUCAAAUUUUUCUACUCUGUUACAUGUUUUAUGGCAUGCACUGGAGUGUGGCCUAUCACAGUUUUUUGAUUACGGUACUGACCCGCCCGCGGUACGAGGUUCAAAUAAGCAGUGUAGAAGAUGCCAUCAGCAAUGGGUUUGAGUUUGCAGGAGCAGAGAAUACGCUGGUGCAUUUUGACAAACCGGACAGUACCUCGAGAUACAUAACAAAAGUAUAUCAGACAUGUCCGAUCAUGGAAGAUUGUGUGGCUCGGUUGCAUUCGGAACGAACAAUAGCAGUGGCCGUUUCCAGGGCACACUCUCACAAUAGUAAAAGUAUUGGAGAGGCGGAAAUGUUUUGCUUCGCAAGAACUGACAAUAUCCAGACCUAUUCGGUGGCCAUGAUGGUAAAGAAAGAUUUUCAUCUGCUGUCGAAGAUUAACGAUCUCAUAAGGCGUAUUAGCGAGUCGGGAUUGCUGGGCAAGUGGCAAGUUGAGAGCGAUAAGAUUCGUAUAGAUGAAGAUUUAGACGAUGAAGGUGGAGGUGGAGAAGGAGAAGCUCAGAUUGUGCUGAAAGUGGAACACAUCGAAGGGGCGUUCAUAUUGGGAGCCAUAGGGUUAGCGUUGGCAACGGUUGCCUUCAUUUGUGAGAUACUUCAUUUCCAAUUUCAGAAAAUAUUGAAAAAGAAAGCAAAACAUUCGAAACGUUCAUAAAGAAUAUGCUGGAGGCAAAUGCUUCAAAUAAACAAGAAAAAGUGUACCUAAGGGAAAGUUGGGUAGGGCGGACACUUUCAAUAUCUCUUUUUCUUUAAAUAUGUCUUCAUUUGUAUCAAUUCAUCAUUACAUUUAUAUUACAUUGUAACAUUAAAUUAUGAGUUCAGCUCAAUAAUGUUCAGAGCCCUAUAGAUUACUAGUCACUAAAAUGUAUUUACUCGACUAAAAUUUGUUGAGCACAAUUAAAUAUUGAAAUGUAGGAGAACAUCCUGUAAUGUCAAAAAAAAAAAUAAACCUAAACAUAAAAACUAUCCUAAAAUUAAACUAAUUGUAGAGAGGGCGAAUCUCUGCGAUCGAAGACUGCAACGACUUUUCCUCUGAAGUUAGAGAUGAUUUAUGGCCAUCUCUUCGAUCGAUUCAAUGCCCGCAAUCCGAUGAAGAUCUUCGGUGCUGUACCAAAAUCAUUUUCAGAACCUUGUUCUGAAUCCUCUGGAUGGCUUUCUUCCUCGUAGCACAGCAGCU